UAUUUGGUACAAUAUUGCAAGACGUCUCCGAACACAUCUUUCUGCAUUAGAGGUGAUCAAUUGCUAGUGCAAUGGGUACCUCAAGCCACCACCCGAGGCAAUGGCCUCGACUACUCUCUGCUCUAGUUUUUUGCAUCAUAGCUACUAUUGUUGCUGCCACUCAUGAGCCUUACUUUUAUGCUUCUCCACCGCCACCAUAUCAUAAACACUUACCACCAUUGCCGCCAAAGUAUGGAGGCCACCCGCCGUAUUACUACAAGUCACCUCCUCCCCCACUACCUUCUCCAUCACCGCCUCCUCAUUAUGUCUAUAAAUCACCCCCACCCCCACCGCCAUCUCCAUCACCCCCUCCUCCAUACGUUUACAAGUCUCCACCUCCCCCAUCUCUCUCUCCUCCGCCCCCCGUAUGUCUAUAAAUCACCACCACCACCUUAUGUCUACAAGUCACCUCCUCCUCCUUCACCAUCUCCUCCACCACCGUACAUUUACAAAUCACCUCCCCCACCAUCGCCAUCACCACCUCCUCCUUAUGUUUACAAAUCACCACCACUACCUUAUCCAUCACCCCCUUCUCCUUACAUUUACAAGUCCCCUCCUCCACCAUCUCCAUCACCUCCUCCUCCUUAUGUUUAUAAGUCACCUCCACCUCCUUCACCAUCACCACCUCCACCCUACAUCUAUAAAUCUCCACCACCACCCUCACCGUCUCCUCCACCUCCUUACAUCUAUAAGUCACCACCACCACCAUCUCCAUCACCUCCACCUCCGUAUAUGUACAAAUCACCACCACCCCAAUCUCGAUUCCCACAUCCUCCAUUCUACUACAAGUCUCCUCCACAGCCUCCAACCCACUGGCCACAUCCUCCAUACUUCCAUAAGUCACCUUAUCCACUGUCCAAGUCCCCUCCCCCGGCAUCUCACUGGCCACAUAUUCCACCAUACCUCCAUAAAUCACCUCCUCCCACAUCCAAGUCUUCUUCAAUCCCAUAUUAUUACAAAUCACCACCACCGCCAAAAGGCUAUUAAAUUUCAAUCAAACCCCUGAAUCAGUUUGAAUUGUUACACGAAUAAUCACUUUCUUUGGAUUUUAUGUAUGGUAUGGAAGUUUUCAGCAUUGUAAUUUUUUGUUUUUUGUUUUAUAAUUGAUGAACAAGAGUCCUUAUGUGCAAUAGCCUGGGUCUGAAACGUACGAGAUCCUCUGUGAUCCUUAAGCAUGAAGAACCAGUACUGUAAUUUUCUUCCAUUAUAAGCAAUGUAAGCGCGGAAUGUGUUCAAGUCCAGAAAGGAUCAAUUCUAUAUAAUGUAUCGAUCUCAUUGAUA